AUGGUUGAAUGGGUUGUUAUUGUUUAUGAUAAGGGCGACAGGUCUGCAUUCAGACCUGCUCACCUCGCUGGUAUCCCUCCUCUUGUCGAACAAGGCAAACUAGUCUGUGCAGGGGCAAUUUACAAUGAGCCAACCACUCCAGGUGGUGAACGCACUUUUGCUGGUUCUCACUUACAGAUUGUCGCUGACACAAAGGAAGAAGCCCUGGAAGUGGUCAAAGGUGACAUCUUCGCCAAGGAAGGUGUUUGGGACCUUGACAACAUAAUCAUCUACCAAUUCGGUUGCGCAGUUCGUAAAGAGAAGAAAUAG